AUGGGGAGCGGGGGCCCUCCCGGUGCUGCCCUCCCGGUGCGGGUCCGUGAGGGUCCCGGGAGUCGCCUCUGGCGGGGGAUUCCGGCGGAAGCCGUGCCCGCAGGAGGCGUAACCCCGCAUGUCGCCGGGGUGGGGGAGUUCUCCCCUUUCUCGUCCUUUUUCUUCUCCUUUUUCUUCUCCUCGGGGUGUGGAGCGGGGAGUCCCGCCAGCUGGGCGGGCUCGCUGAUCGCUGGAUCUGUGGAGGCUGUAACCCGAGCGGGACCUCGGCUGGCACAGUGUGUGUUCAAUCACCUGUCACGAGAAGAGUUGCUCGGUCUGGUGGAGGUGGACAGAAAAGCUGUGACUCUGAGCAACCCUGUGGAAAAAGUGGCCUAUCUGACGAUAUUCCAUAUUCUUUUUGUGCUCUUUGUGUGGACAUAUUGGAAGUCUGUUUUUACUCGCCCGGUGCAGCCAGGCAAAAAGUACCAUAUAUCCUACACUGACAAAGAACGCUAUGAAAAUGAAGAAAGGCCGGAGGUGCAGAGACAAAUUCUCGCAGAAAUUGCAAGGAAGUUGCCGGUGUACACAAGAACGGGGAAUGGAGGUGUUCGAUUCUGUGACAGAUGCCAGCUGAUAAAACCUGAUCGUUGUCACCAUUGCUCCAUUUGUGCCAUAUGUGUGCUAAAAAUGGAUCAUCACUGUCCGUGGGUGAAUAACUGCAUUGGAUUUUCUAACUACAAAUUCUUUCUACUCUUCUUAGCCUAUUCUUUGUUGUAUUGCUUGUAUAUUGCUGCAACAGUCUUCAAGUAUUUCAUUAAGUAUUGGACAGGUGAACUGACCAAUGGACGUUCCAAAUUUCACAUCCUUUUCCUUCUCUUUGUGGCAGUCAUGUUCUUCGUAAGCCUCAUGUUUCUGUUUGGCUACCACUGUUGGCUCGUUAGUAGAAACAGAUCUACUUUAGAGGCUUUCUCAGCUCCAGUGUUUCAGAAUGGCCCAGAUAAAAAUGGAUUCAAUCUUGGCUUUGUCAAGAAUCUUCAGCAAGUGUUUGGAGAAGAAAAAAAGCUCUGGUUCCUACCUAUUGCCUCUAGCCAGGGUGAUGGCCAUUUCUUCCCAAUGAGAGCUGUGUGUGAAGCUCAGAAUCCUCUCCUGGCAAGUGAAGAGCAGUGGGAAGAUGACGGCGUAGACGAAGAGCCUCAUGAUACUGGUGAAGCUUCAUCCCUUGCCAUAGAAAGGGAGACAUAG